GGGUGGAAGAGGAGGAAAAGGAAGGGACUGCAUUCCCUCUGAGCUUGCCCAGCCUCGACUGUUCAACUGCCAGGCGGAUCACCUUCCGCUCCAACACGGUCAGUUCCUCCUUGCCAUGACUCAUGCCUAUUGUGCCAGGCAAGGCGCACUCAGCCCUACAGCCUAACAGGUGGUAUCGGCUCGGUGAGAAGGUUCCCGCCAGGCUAGGCAGUGGAGCGCCGCACAGCUCGCCUGCCCGCCUCCUUGCUGCCUGCCCUGCAGUUCCGACCCAGCGCCAGCAGGCCUGUUCGGUCGAUCUUCGAUCCAAAGAUGCGGCGGGGCUGGAAGAUGGCUCUGUCCGGGGGGCUGCGGUGCUGCCGCCGAGUACUUUCCUGGAUGCCAGUGCUUGUUAUCGUCCUCGUUGUGCUUUGGUCCUACUAUGCCUAUGUCUUUGAACUCUGCCUGGUGACUGUUUUGAGCCCAGGAGAAAAAGUUAUCUACCUCAUAUUCUACCAUGCCAUCUUUGUGUUCUUUACCUGGACCUACUGGAAGUCUAUAUUUACACUCCCACAACAGCCAAACCAGAAGUUCCACUUGUCCUAUUCAGACAAGGAACGCUAUGAAAAUGAAGAAAGACCUGAGGUCCAGAAGCAGAUGCUCAUCGAUAUGGCCAAAAAGCUACCAGUUUACACAAGAACUGGUAGUGGAGCCAUUAGAUUCUGUGACCGGUGCCAUUUAAUCAAGCCAGAUCGCUGCCACCACUGCUCUGUCUGUGCCAUGUGUGUAUUAAAAAUGGACCAUCAUUGCCCUUGGGUUAAUAAUUGCAUUGGAUUUUCCAACUACAAAUUCUUUCUUCAGUUUUUAGCUUAUUCUGUCCUCUACUGCCUGUACAUUGCUACAACAGUCUUUAACUAUUUCAUCAAAUACUGGAGAGGGGAAUUACCCAGUGUUCGCUCAAAGUUCCAUGUUCUUUUUCUCCUCUUUGUGGCCUGCAUGUUUUUUGUCAGCCUUGUGAUUCUCUUUGGUUACCAUUGUUGGCUUGUCAGCAGAAACAAAACCACCUUAGAGGCCUUCUGUACUCCAGUGUUUACAAGUGGCCCAGAGAAAAAUGGGUUCAACCUUGGCUUCAUCAAAAAUAUCCAGCAGGUGUUUGGAGAUAACAAGAAGUUCUGGUUAAUACCUGUUGGGUCCAGCCCUGGUGAUGGACACUCCUUCCCUUUGAGGUCUAUGAACGAGUCACAGAACCCACUCCUAGCAAAUGAAGAGCCCUGGGAUGAAAAUGAAGAUGAAAACAGAGAUUAUCCAGAAGUUUCAUCAUCUAUUGCUGUGGAAACAGAAACUUAGCAGUUUACACAUUUCCUGCAUCUCUCAGGACCUUCCAUCUCCCAUGAGGCUUACGGAUUUCAAUUUUGGAAACCAUUUUAAUCUUCAAAAUAAGUCACC